AUGGCUCGUCUCAAGGAAAGAUCAAAACAAACCAGCAAGGAUCUCAUUACCUGGACGCGGUUUCACCUACCACAGGGGCAGGAGUGGCCAACGUGGUCUGCGGUACAUGAAGAUAUGCAUGUUGGCCCUCUCGCGGAUGUGCGAGGUAUACAGAGAAUAUCACUAGGGAGGACGGUUGAAGAGCCUCAAAAGGCUGCGUAUGUCAUCGCCUGGGGUACCGUGGAGGACCUAGAGAAAUUCCAGGAUUCAUCUGCCUGCGUAGAGUUUCUGCGGGAUCUAACCUUGAACGACGACUCUAAAGAUCCUGGUUCAGAGGACGAUGCACCAACGGUAGCGUCGAGGUUUCUUACACUUGAACAUGUCAACGGAAUUCCCACGGGAGAAUUGGAGGGCCGUAUCACAUUUACUGCGUACAACAUACUAGGUAAAGAGGACGACGAUGCUACAGUGUGGAAGCAGUACCACGAAGUGAACAACGCCCUUGGCAGCUUCUUCCCCCCUGGCUCCGACUAUCUUGUACUGCAUCGCCAAUUUAGAUGGAGGUAUUUAAUCAUCUGGUUCUGGGUGCUGGGUGAGGACCAGUGGGUGGAAGCAAAGUUUGGGAAACGGCCCCAGAACGACGGACAGGGACGCACAAUCAUCUGCGACGUUCGUCUUUGGCCAUCCACAGGUCUCUCGGGCGAUCCUGCGCCGGAGAGCGAGGGCGCAGUUGCCAACCCGGCGGCGAGAGAGGCGUGGAAUCAGGCUGUUUCCAAUGUGAUGCCUCCAGUCACUGCAUGGGUACAGGAGCGCUGGGACGUCCGCAAAGUGCCGGGUUAUCCUGCUUCCGAGGAGGAUUAA